CGUCGGCUCUCCCUUUCGCGUUUCGCGUUUCGCGUUCUCUGACAACGCCUACGGCAGAGAGGGCCCUUUCCGCCCUGUGCCGGAGGCCGCCAUCCUCGGGCGAGGUCGCGGGACGAUACUGAAACAAAGCUUUCUGUGAAAAUGUCAGUUCUGAUAUCCCAGAGUGUAAUAAAUUAUGUAGAAGAAGAGAACAUUCCUGCUCUGAAAGCUCUUCUUGAAAAAUGCAAAGAUGUAGAUGAGAGAAAUGAGUGUGGCCAGACUCCGUUGAUGAUAGCUGCUGAACAAGGCAACCUGGAAAUAGUGAAAGAAUUAAUUAAGAAUGGAGCUAAUUGCAAUCUGGAAGAUUUGGAUAACUGGACAGCACUUAUAUCGGCUUCAAAAGAAGGGCAUGUCCAUAUUGUGGAAGAACUGCUCAAAUGUGGGGUUAAUUUGGAGCACCGAGAUAUGGGAGGGUGGACAGCUCUCAUGUGGGCAUGCUAUAAGGGCCGCACCGACGUAGUACAGUUGCUUCUUUCUCAUGGUGCCAAUCCAAGUGUCACUGGUCUGCAGUACAGUGUUUACCCAAUCAUCUGGGCAGCAGGGAGAGGCCAUGCAGAUAUAGUGCAUCUUUUACUGCAAAAUGGUGCUAAAGUCAACUGCUCUGAUAAGUAUGGAACCACCCCUUUGGUUUGGGCUGCACGAAAGGGUCAUUUGGAAUGUGUAAAACAUUUGUUGGCCAUGGGAGCUGAUGUUGAUCAAGAAGGAGCUAAUUCAAUGACUGCACUUAUUGUAGCAGUGAAAGGAGGCUAUACACAAUCAGUAAAAGAAAUUUUGAAGAGGAAUCCAAAUGUAAAUUUAACAGAUAAGGAUGGAAAUACGGCUUUGAUGAUUGCUUCAAAGGAGGGACAUACAGAGAUCGUACAGGAUCUGCUCGAUGCGGGAACAUAUGUAAACAUACCUGAUAGGAGUGGAGAUACUGUGUUGAUUGGUGCCGUCAGAGGUGGUCAUGUUGAAAUUGUUCGAGCACUUCUACAAAAAUACGCCGAUAUAGACAUUAGAGGACAGGACAAUAAAACUGCUUUGUAUUGGGCUGUUGAGAAAGGAAAUGCAACGAUGGUGAGAGAUAUCUUACAGUGCAAUCCAGAUACUGAAACGUGCACAAAGGAUGGUGAAACACCACUUAUAAAGGCUACCAAGAUGAGAAAUAUUGAAGUAGUAGAGCUGCUGCUAGAUAAAGGAGCUAAAGUAUCUGCUGUAGAUAAGAAAGGGGAUACUCCUUUGCAUAUUGCUAUUCGUGGGAGGAGUCGGAAGCUGGCAGAACUUCUUUUAAGAAAUCCCAAAGAUGGGCGGUUACUUUACAGGCCCAACAAAUCAGGCGAGACCCCGUACAACAUUGACUGUAGCCAUCAGAAAAGUAUUUUAACUCAAAUAUUUGGAGCCAGACACUUGUCUCCUACUGAAACUGAUGGUGACAUGCUUGGUUAUGAUUUAUAUAGCAGUGCCCUGGCAGAUAUUCUGAGCGAACCAACCAUGCAGCCACCCAUUUGUGUGGGGUUAUAUGCACAGUGGGGAAGUGGGAAAUCUUUCUUACUCAAGAAACUAGAAGAUGAAAUGAAGACUUUUGCAGGACAGCAGAUUGAACCUCUGUUUCAAUUCUCAUGGCUUAUAGUAUUUCUUACCCUGCUACUUUGUGGAGGGUUUGGUUUAUUGUUUGCUUUUACUGUCGACCCAAAUCUUGGAAUAGCAGUGUCGUUGAGCCUUUUGGCUCUCUUACAUAUAUUCUUUAUUGUGAUUUACUUUGGUGGACGGAGAGAAGGCGAGAGUUGGAAUUGGGCCUGGGUCCUCAGUACCAGAUUGGCAAGACAUAUUGGAUAUUUGGAACUCCUCCUCAAACUGAUGUUUGUGAACCCACCUGAACUGCCAGAGCAAACUACUAAAGCUUUACCUGUGAGGUUUUUGUUUACAGAUUACAACAGGCUGUCCAGUGUGGGCGGAGAAACUUCAAUGGCUGAAAUGAUCGCUACCCUCUCAGAUGCCUGUGAAAGAGAGUUUGGCUUCUUGGCAACGAGGCUUUUCCGAGUGUUCAAGACUGAAGAUUCACAGGGUAAAAAGAAAUGGAAAAAAACAUGUUGUCUUCCAUCCUUUGUCAUCUUCCUUUUUAUCUUUGUCUGCAUCAUUGCGGGAGUCACUCUUCUGGCCAUAUUCAGAGUGGACUCAAAACAUCUGACAGUGAAUGCUGUUCUGAUAUCAGUUGCAUCUGUCGUUGGGUUGGCCUUUGUGCUGAACUGUCGGACAUGGUGGCAAGUGCUGGACUCGCUCCUAAAUUCUCAGAGAAAGCGCCUACAUCAUGCCGCCUCCAAAUUGCACAAACUGAAAAGUGAAGGAUUCAUGAAAGUCCUUAAGUGUGAAGUGGAAUUGAUGGCCAGAAUGGCAAAAACCAUUGACGGCUUCACUCAGAAUCAGACAAGGCUGGUGGUUAUUAUUGAUGGGUUAGAUGCCUGUGAACAGGACAAAGUACUUCAGAUGCUAGACACUGUCCGAGUUUUAUUUUCAAAAGGCCCAUUCAUUGCCAUUUUUGCAAGUGAUCCGCAUAUUAUUAUAAAGGCAAUUAACCAGAACCUCAAUAGCGUGCUUCGUGACUCAAAUAUAAAUGGACACGACUAUAUGCGCAAUAUAGUUCAUUUGCCUGUUUUCCUUAAUAGUCGUGGACUAAGCAACGCGAGAAAAUUUCUUGUAACUUCAGCAACAAAUGGGGACGUUCCGUGUUCGGAUCCUACAGUGAUACAGGAAGACGCUGACAGAAGAGUUUCACAAAACAGCCUUGGGGAGGUGACCAAACUUGGUAGCAAGACAGCCCUCAACAGACGGCUUCAGGUUGUUUUUCAGGGAAUGUCUGAACCUAGAGCCGUAAUAACUUGUUGUGAAUUGACCUCUGAGGACUGCCUUUGCUGUGAACCAAAGGUUUUGGAUACUUACCGGAGAAGACAGAUACAGCGGACGAUCACUCGGCAGAUGUCCUUUGAUCUUACAAAACUGUUGGUUACUGAGGACUGGUUCAGUGACAUAAGCCCUCAGACUAUGAGAAGAUUACUUAAUAUUGUUUCUGUGACAGGGCGAUUACUGAGGGCCAAUCAGAUUAGCUUCAACUGGGAUAGGCUUGCCAGCUGGAUCAACCUUACUGAACAGUGGCCAUACCGAACCUCAUGGCUCAUAUUAUAUUUGGAAGAAACUGAAGGUGUUCCAGAUCAAAUGACAUUAAAAACCAUUUAUGAAAGAAUAUCCAAGAAUAUUCCAACAACUAAAGAUGUUGAACCACUGCUUGAAAUCGAUGGAGAUAUAAGAAAUUUUGAAGUGUUUUUGUCUUCAAGGACCCCAGUUCUUGUGGCUCGAGAUGUCAAAACAUUUUUGCCAUGUACUGUAAACCUAGACCCCAAACUACGGGAAAUUAUCGCAGAUGUUCGUGCUGCAAGGGAACAGAUUAAUAUUGGCGGACUUGCCUACCCCCCGCUACCUUUGCACGAAGCCCCCCCUAGACCCCCAUCAGGUUACAGCCAGCCUCCAUCUGUGUGCUCUUCUUCCACUUCUUUUAAUGGACCAUUCGGAGGUGGAGUUGUGUCCCCACAGCCUCAUAGCAGCUAUUACAGCGGGAUGACAGGACCUCAGCAUCCAUUCUACAACAGGCCAUUCUUUGCCCCAUACCUUUAUACGCCAAGGUAUUACCCUGGCAGUUCCCACCAUCUCAUCUCACGUCCAUCAGUAAAAACGAGUUUGCCCAGAGAUCAGAACAAUGGCCUAGGGUCAGGCCCAGCCUCCGGACCAUUAAUAUCACUGAAUUCAAUGAACGUGGAUGCAGUGUGUGAGAAACUAAGACAGAUAGAAGGACUGGACCAGAGUGUGCUGCCUCAGUAUUGUGCAACCAUCAAAAAGGCAAAUAUAAAUGGCCGUGUGUUAGCUCAGUGUAACAUUGAUGAACUGAAAAAAGAAAUGAAUAUGAAUUUUGGAGACUGGCACCUUUUCAGAAGCACGGUACUAGAAAUGAGAAAUGCGGAAAACCAGGUCGUCCCUGAAGACCCACGUUUACUUAGUGAAAACAGCAGCGGCCCAGUUCCUCAUGGUGAAUCUGCUCGUCGUGCUUCACACAACGAAUUGCCUCACACCGAGCUUUCCAGUCAGACUCCCUACACACUGAACUUCAGCUUUGAAGAACUGAAUACACUUGGCCUAGAUGAAGGUGCCCCACGUCACAGUAAUUUAAGUUGGCAGUCACAAACUCGCAGAACCCCAAGUCUUUCAAGUCUCAAUUCCCAGGAUUCCAGUAUUGAAAUUUCAAAGCUUACUGAUAAGGUGCAGGCCGAGUAUAGAGAUGCCUAUAGAGAAUAUAUUGCUCAGAUGUCCCAGUUAGAAGGGGGUACAGGUCCUACAACAAUUAGUGGCAGAUCUUCUCCACAUAGCACGUAUUAUAUGGGUCAGAGCUCAUCAGGGGGCUCCAUUCAUUCUAACCUGGAACAAGAGAAAGGGAAAGAUAGUGAACCAAAGCAAGAUGAUGGAAGGAAGUCAUUUUUAAUGAAGAGGGGAGAUGUUAUAGAUUACUCAUCAUCAGGUGUUUCCACCAAUGAUGCCUCACCCCUGGAUCCUAUCACUGAAGAAGAUGAAAAAUCUGACCAGUCAGGCAGUAAACUUCUUCCAAGCAAGAAAUCCUCGGAAAGGUCAAGUCUCUUCCAGACAGAUUUGAAGCUUAAGGGAGGUGGACUGCGCUAUCAAAAACUUCCAAGCGACGAAGAUGAAUCUGGGACAGAAGAAUCAGAUAAUACCCCAUUGCUCAAAGAUGAUAAGGAUAAAAAAGCUGAAGGGAAAGUAGAGAGAACGUCAAAAUCUCCGGAACACAGUGCAGAGCCUAUUAGAACCUUAAUUAAAGCAAAAGAAUAUUUAUCAGAUGCACUCCUUGACAAAAAGGAUUCCUCAGAUUCAGGAGUAAGAUCCAGUGAAAGUUCCCCCAAUCACUCUCUUCACAACGAGGCGGCUGAUGACUCCCAGCUUGAAAAGGCAAAUCUCAUAGAGCUUGAAGACGACAGCCACAGUGGAAAACGGGGAAUACCACACAGCUUGAGUGGUCUUCAAGAUCCAGUUCUAGCUCGGAUGUCCAUUUGUUCAGAAGACAAGAAAAGCCCUUCUGAAUGUAGCUUGAUAGCCAGCAGCCCUGAGGAAAACUGGCCAACAUGCCAAAAAGCCUACAACCUGAAUCGAACACCUAGCACCAUGACUCUGAACAACAAUAGUGCCCCAGCUAAUAGAGCCAAUCAAAAUUUUGAUGAAAUGGAAGGAAUUAGGGAUACUUCUCAAGCCAUUUUGAGGCCUGGUUCCAGUUCCAACCCAACUGUUAUUCAGAAUGAAAAUCUAAAAAGCGUGACGCAUAAACGAAGCCAACGCUCAAGUUACACAAGGCUCGCAAAAGAUUCUUCAGAGCUCCAUGCAGCAGUCUCUUCUGAUAGUACAGCUUUUGGGGAAGAAAGAGAAAGCAUUCUUUAAGAAAAACAAGCAAAAGUAGAAUAGUACUAUACCCCUAUGACAGAAUUUUCCUGAGUUUUAUGGUGGGUCCACCCAUGCACGACAUCUUGUGCAUUUCAUUCACAGAUGAUUAACAAACAAGGCCUUUAGUAAAAGAGAGAAUCGCAUAUUAGACAACAGAGGAAGGUAUAAGAACUGAUUCAUUAAUCAACCUCCAUUGUCUUUGUGAUUAAAAAAUCAUAAAAACUCACUACUAUCAAUAUACCUUUCACUGGCAUAUAACCCCACAGAAAUUUUUUGAGAUGAGAUCUGGUAUAAAGAUACAUCAGAAAUAUUUUGUUAAAGUUAAGGGGUUUAAUUUACCAAAGAAAAUAAAAAGCUAGAGAUUCUUUUUAUAGGAAAUUCAUUCAUCAAAUAUUUUAGGGCCUGUUACGUAGAAGACAGGGUGUUAGGUGAACCACAGCAAAUUUCGCUCCUAAGAGUUUUAAUCUAUUUAGUUUAGAAUUUACAGAUCACGAAGUAGCUCAGAGGCUAAAGGUGAAUGCUUAUAAAUUGAGGAAUCAGUAUUGUCUGUAACAGAUUAAUUGCUUAUCAAAGAGGCUUUAAAAUUUUAAGUAAAAAAGGUAUAAUAAAGAGGGCUUUAAAAAUUGACAAGGAAGUACAAAAAAUUGAUACGAAAGUGAAUCAACAGUGCUCUUGGUGGAUCCCCAGUAAUGAGGGAGAGGGACCAGUAACCUCCACGUUACAUGGCGGCUCUCUCAGAACCGCACACCUGGCUUGUACCAUCAUCAUACCCUUGUACCAGAGAACCCAUCCUGCUCUGCCACUUUUUCAAAUUGUGUGGCCAGCUUUUCUUAGUGAGGCCAGCAGUGAGAUUCAGAAAGCGGGAAGUCAUUCUCUGAAGUCAGACACGGAUAAUGACAAGCACUAAUAAAUAUUUAUGGCAUGAGUAAGUAAGGAAAUAAUUAGAAAGGACUGCGACAAUUCAAGGAAAUAAUCAGGUAAAACUAAAUCAUGACCUAUACCAAGGCAGAGUUUAUCUACUUCACCUAUUCCUAAAUCAGCAAAUUAAUUUUGGAGGAGACUAGUAAGAAAGAAAAUCAUAACCUUUUUUUAAAGAGUUAAAUGUAACCAAGAGUAAGAAAAGAUACAACUGGUGUGACUAUAGAACUUUAUACAUUCCUUUUAUUGUCAGCAGAGUUAAGAGAGUGAUCACAUUGAAGUAUCAUGUGGACCAGAAAUGUACCCUCUUCUCAGGCAGCGAAACGGUUUUGCUUUUUAAUGUAGCGUAUUUAUGUAGAAUUAAUUCUGGCAAUAUAUCCUAAAUCACAGAUAGAAAGGAUAUUAGGUGGUGAGGUUGUAGAUGUGUGGUUAUCUAAAUUAAGUGCUACGUUUGUAUGUUUGUCACUUAAUGGAGUUUUAUUAAUAUACUGAAUAAAUUAUUUACUUGGCCAGUCAUUGCACUAAGUAGCUGCUGUCCUGUGUUUUAUUGCUUUGAUGUCUGAGUGUAACCUAACAGUUUUCAUGAAGUAUUUAUUUUGCAUGACCUUUAACAAGUGUUUUAACCAAUUUUUUAAAAAGGCAGGAUGUUAUUGGCAUGAUACAUUGAAAUGUUAACAUUUUUAUAUUUAUAGUGUUUAUUAGUUUAUAAUAUUGUAUAACUAGUAAUUAUUUCAGAAGCAAUAUUUUAUUCCUUGUCAGGUGAGUAGAUGCAGGUUAAUAUCAUUGUUGUACGCCCUUUACACUGUUUGUGAAAUCAAUACUAGAGUAUUAAGUGUACAAAUAGAUUAGAAAACAAUAAAAAAAAAGUCGCAUGCUA